AUGAGUAGCGAGCAGGACAAUGUCCCUGAUGCAUGGGAGGCAGAUUGGGAAUCGCUCGAUCAGGAUCCGAAUUCCGAAACCGCUUCCUUGGACAAGAAGGUGUCGUCCAAAGUGUCCAAAGCGCAACGAAGGGCUGCACAGGCAGAAUUCAAUAGGCAGCUAUGGGCGGAAGCAGAUGCUCCUCAGACUUUCCACUACCUCGAAUCCCGCUCGGCUGUCCCACUCAAGCAAGAAUACCGACCUGCUGUCACUGUGCUAAGCCGUCGGCCUCAAAUAGCGUCGAGAAAUGGAGAGAAUGUAAAAGGUGCGGAUGCCGUGGCCGCAGGGAUCUCGGGGUUGAGUCUUAAUGGAAGGGAGUUAUCAGAUUCGGAAGAUGAAUCAAACAAGCCCCCAGAGAUGACACCAGAGGAACGGCAGGCCAAAGCUUUAAAAGACCGAGAAGAAAAGCAGCGCAAAUAUGAAGAAGUCCGUGAAAGGCUUUUUGGGAGUUCUUCAACUCCCGGAUCUGGCGCCUCGUCACCAGGUGGCACCCCUCCGCCAUCUAGAAACCAGAGCAGUGGUGGUGGUGAUGGGAAUCGGGGCCGAGGGAGGAAUCGAGGAGGUGGAAGAGAUAAUACUCGUGAUAAGCGUGAUUCUCCUGGAAACUCAAUGGGAAAACAGAGACAAUUAUACGACCCAACUUAUUCUACCAAGCCUAACUCAACAUACAUACAACGAAAAGACCGUCAGCAACAAUCUUCUACAGACAAGUCUGAUGGUGAGCAACAGGUUCCAAAGCAGCCUAUACGAAGCCCCAGGGGUCCCGAUAGCAAUGGACGCGGCGGCUUCGGAUUUAGCCCUCGUGGCAGGGGUGUCUAA